UUAUAAUUCGGGUCGACAAAUGUCAUACCAGGUUUAUACCCUACUCUCAUCAUGGCGCCCGUCACAAAGAUCAUGUACUUUAAGACCACUGCGUCCUACCUCCAGGAUCCCUCGCGGUUGAUUGCUGAGCUUACGACCGCAAGUUCAGCAGACAUAGCGCCAAUUGAAGGGCUUUCUAAACUUAUCGUUGAUCGAUUAAGGGCAUACAUUGGUUUCGAGACUGAAGAUCCAAGCAAUGCAUUCUGGGUCUUCGGUAGGUCAAGUUUGCGACAUACUAGUUCAAAUCGACAAGACACUUUCAAGGCUACACAAGCAAUUUCUCAACAAAUUUUUGCGAGCACACCUACCAGUGUGUUUGUCAACUUUUCCGACACUAGUCGGAUAUUUUCCGCUCCAGUGACAGAAUUUGUCACUUUCACUCUCAAAGAGGGUGUCAGUAUGGACGCGCUUCAGCCCCUCGUCGCACAGCUUGAGGAAAAACUUCAAGGAACACCCAAGUUCUACGGCUCAAGCUGGGCGUCUGUCAAUGAUAAGCCCAACGUAGUUUACGGCGUGUUAGGAUGGGAGAGUGUGCAGGCACACUGGGAUGCUGUAACCUCAGGUCCCCUCAAAGACAUCAUCGAUGAAGUGAAGAAGAUUGCUGACCUUUGGCUUGUCCACGCCAUACUGACGCAAUCCAAUGCGUGAACUUGAUGAUCGUAGUACGAACCAAAUUUUGUGUUGUUAUAUAGGAAGUUGUCAAAUAUGUACAGUCUUGGAUAUCCCCGAGGAACAUUCUAGCAAACGUUGCUCUGUUUUGAUAUGCAGUGUUUUGCAAGUUACCCG